UUGAGUUGUUCGUUUCUUUGCUACUAAACUAAAUCGAAAAAAUGUCCGGACGUGGAAAAGGAGGCAAAGUCAAGGGAAAGUCAAAGACUCGUUCCAACAGAGCUGGACUUCAAUUCCCAGUUGGUCGUAUCCAUCGUCUUUUGCGCAAGGGAAACUACGCUGAGCGAGUUGGUGCCGGAGCUCCAGUCUACCUCGCAGCAGUAAUGGAAUACUUGGCUGCUGAAGUUUUGGAAUUGGCAGGAAAUGCCGCUCGUGAUAACAAGAAGACCAGAAUCAUCCCCCGUCAUCUCCAACUUGCCAUCAGGAAUGACGAGGAAUUGAACAAACUUCUUUCUGGAGUCACCAUUGCUCAGGGUGGUGUUCUUCCCAACAUCCAGGCUGUGCUUUUGCCCAAGAAAACCGAAAAGAAAGCUUAAAAUUCUACCAACAUCCUCUCUCAAACAAUCGGCCCUUUUCAGGGCCAACAAAUAUUUUUUACGUGUGAAUCUUUAGUUCCUUGCAUAUUUAACACUAACCAUGACUGUCUAUUUGAGCCGAUUGAUCUGACAACGUGUUUCGGCAAUAUAUUCGUAGAUGCUGAUUAUUUGUACUGCACUGAGAAAAAGAAUUAUUUGUUUCAAACAUAAA